GGAAUACGACCUCCAAAGCUCAUACGGUAAAAUUUUCUACAUUUUCAGUUGAUCAUCCAUUAUACGUUCCUAAAACGUAAUUUUUUUUUGGGUUCGCAGCUGACAAUCCAAGUAUGUUCUCGAUACGAUUGAACUAUGGUGGAGUUUUUACGAAGUUUCCAGGCCGCAAAUACAUAAAGGGGAAGAUGAAAUAUAUUGAUGGCAUUGAUAGUGACUUGUUCUCGGUGCAUGAUAUGGACGAGAUAAUGGAAUUGCUUGAUUGUGUGGAACCAGGUAAAAGUAUUUAUUAUCAUUUCAAACGACCAACCUGGGAUUUAGAUUUUGGGUUGUAUGCUUUGGGUUGUGACGAAGAUAUAAACCACUUUAGGUCAUACGUGUAUGAACACAAGGUGAUAGAAGUGUAUACAGAGUUUUGGGAAACCAAGCUCCAUACGUAUCAAAUGUCCCCAAACCCUGCAAAGAUAAAGAUACACGAAAUUCCUGAGUCCCUUUGUCGUAAAAGCUUGUUAUUGACAUGGUCAAAUUCAGGGGAUUGUCCUAGUGAAGAAGCCCCUGUUUUUGAGAAUGUAGAAACUAUGGACGAACCCCCUAGUACAUUACUUGAAACAACCUUGGAACAACCCCUUGUUACAUUGAGUGAAACAGUUGAGUCAACCCCUGCCUAUAUACCAAGAAUUGAUAGCCCUUUGACUGAACCAAUGAUAGGAAGCACAUGUCCUAAUGUUGAUGGUUUGGGUGAUACAUUUGAAUGGUGUGAACCUUUUGGUGGGACUCCUAUGGAACAAGAUGAACCAAAUAGUGAAAAAGCAGGUGAAGACAGUCAAGCUAGUAAAGACAGUCAUGAUAGUGAUGACACUGAAGAUAGUGAAUACAGUCAAGAUAGCGAUUACAUAGUUGAUGAAGAUAAUUUGUUAGAUGAUCCAGAGGUUGAUAUGAAGAACUUUCACCUCAACAUUGACAAAGAAGUGGAGUGGGUUGGAAGUUUUCCUGAUGAUCGAGAUGAAGCAGUAGAAGGUGAUGAAGAAUUAGAGGUUAUAAACACUGAAGAAUUUGUAUCUGCAUCUUCAUCAGAUGAGGGUGAAGCUAGUAAAAAAAGGAAGAAGAUAAGAGAUUUACGAAGAGCACAUAAGAAUGAAGCAGCUGCUAUCAAAGAUCCAUUUUACAUCCACCAGACUUUUAGCACAGCCAAGGAAGUUAAACAACAAAUUUAUCUUCAUUCCAUACAGAGUAGAAGGGAGUUAGACUUCGUCAAGAAUGACAAAAAUAGGAUUAGAGUGGUUUGCAAAGAGACAAUACCAAACCUUGGGAUAUUAGAAACAGGUGGGACCAGCAAAAGUAAUGACAAAGUGGGACCAAGUCAAAAGAAAAAGAAAGUGAAAGAUGGUUGUAUUCAUAAAUGCCCAUGGGUCCUACUAGUGAGUAAGUGGAAAAAAGACAUUAACUGGACUGUUAACACCUAUGAAAAGCAACAUACGUGCCUUCAAACAAGGAAAAUUAGGGCAUGUAACUACAAGUUUCUCUCUGAACAGAUUGUUGACACAGUGGAGGCAAACCCAGAAAUACCACUUAGAGCAUUACAUGAGAUGCUUGAGAAGAAAUACCAACUUGGAUUGUCAGACAUGAAAGUUCAUAGGGCGAAAACGAAAGCCCUGGAAUCAAUUAGGGGAGAUUUUGCUGCUCAGUACUCAUGUCUAAGAGACUACUUACAGGAGGUGCAGAGUAGAAAUCCAAACACCACAGUCAAACUUCAAGUGCAAAGUGAACCAUGUUAUGCAUCUGAGACCAGGGUAUUUGAACGAGUAUACAUUUGUCUUGGUCCACUAAAAAGUGGAUUUGCAGCAGGGAAAAGAGAUUUACUAGGGCUUGAUGGUGCAUUCAUGAAGGGUCCAUACCAUGGUAUGAUCCUGACAGCAGUGAUGGGAACAAUUGCACAUACCCUUUGGCAUAUGCAGUUGUUGAAGCAGAGAACUUUAAUUCAUGGACCUGGUUUUUAACUAACUUAGGAGAUGAUCUUGGUUUGUAUGCAAACUCCAACUUCACUUUCAUAUCAGAUAGACAGAAGGGGUUAUUGCCUGCACUUGAGAAACUUUUCCCAGCAGCAGAGCAUAGAUAUUGCCUAAGGCAUCUUCAUGAGAACAUGAAACGUAAAUGGAAGGGCAAGGAAUUCAAGGAUUGUCUUUGGAAAUGUGCAACAUGUACC